CGGACGGAGAAGAGACCAUGUCCAACCCCCCCCGUUGCCGCCGAUGAGGUCGAGGUUUCCGCUGACGCUGGCUCCGGCCAGAUGUCCGUCCUCGACGCUCUCAAGGGUGUUCUCCGCAUCUCCCUGAUCCACGAUGGUCUUGCCCGUGGUCUCCGUGAGGCUGCCAAGGCUCUUGACCGCCGUGAGGCUCACAUGUGUGUCCUCAACGAGGGCUGUGAGGAGGAGGCCUACAAGAAGCUCGUUGUUGCCCUGUGCUCCGAGCACAAGAUCCCUCUCAUCAAGGUUCCCGAUGGAAAGAUGCUCGGCGAGUGGGUCGGUCUCUGCACUCUGGACCGUGAGGGUAACGCUCGCAAGGUCGUUAACUGCUCUUGCGUCGUUGUCAAGGAUUGGGGUGAGGAGUCCCAGGAGCGCUCCGUCCUCCUUAACUACUUCCAGACCGAGCAGUAA